AUGUAUGAUACAUUUGAUGAAAAAUACCAUGCUCUACAAAAUAGAUCUCCUGACGCUGAGAAUCACUUUGUGUAUGUUGUGCUAUCUACAAAGAUAGUAUGUCGUCCUACCUGUUCAGCAAGGUUAGCGUUACGUAAAAAUAUUGACUUUUAUGAUUGUGUGCAAAGUGCUAUUAAAGAUGGAUUUAGACCGUGUAAGAGAUGUAAACCAGAAACCGUUAAAGAUUGGAAUCCACAAAGAGUUCUAGUAUUGAAAAUUAUGGAACAAAUAACCAACAUGGUGUUCCAAGGCAAAAGUGAAAAAGAUUUGAAUCUUGGGAAACUAGCAAAACAAUUCACAGUAUCAAAAUGGCAUAUGUUAAGAGUGUUCAAACGAUAUACGGGGAAAACUCCCUUACAGUAUUUCAUGCAUGUAAGAGACCAUGGAAGUUUUGUUGAUAUACCUAUGAUUGAAACAAAGAAGAGUUAUAUCAAUAAACAACUAGAGAGUCUUCUAGGAGAUACCGGUAAUGGUGAGCUUGUUGGAGAAUGGAAAUUGGGAAGUAAUGGAGACCUAGAGUUUCUUUUACCUUCGAACGUAAGUUCUAUUUAA